ACGGCAAUCUAUGGGGCGCUGCGUGCACGGCGUGCUCUGCGUACGCGCUAUCGGCCGUGGGCGCGCAGGGAGUGGGCCGCGCCGUGCGGAGCGGGCUGGAUGGGUCCUGGCUGCUGCUGCGGGUGUUCAGGUAGCGGUACGGCUCCGGACCGUAGCUAUGCGGGCACGCGGAUGGGCGAGGCCUUGGACAAGCUCUACCGAGUCAAGUACGCCAAGAGCGGCCGCGCUUCAUGCAAGAAAUGCAGCGAGAGCCUCGCCAAGGACCCACUGCAGAUGGCCGUCAUCGUGCAGAACCUUACAAGUCGGCGUCAUUCCUGUGCCUGGCAUUCAGGAUGAUUGCCCCUGGAUGGACCUGAGCUGAACUGGGAGCAUCACAGAAGUGGCAGGGAGUUGCAGAUGGAGAAGCAGACAAGGCCCGACUUUUGAAGACCUGUAUCUUCCACUAAGGUCUUCGAACUUUCCCCUGAAUGGGUGGCCUGCUCUUGAGAAGCUCCCUUCUAGUGCAGGGGUUUUUAACCUGCAAUCUGGGAUUGCAGGUAGAACCCAAACAGUGCAUGAGUUCACAUGAGAAAAAAAUGUACAUCCCUAUCUUCACUAACCUCUAAAUAAAACACAUUCUUUCUCUAAUUAGUAAUGUAAAUCGCAGAGCAAAGGCAUAUUUGCUCCACCUAUGAUUUUGGUCACCUUACAGUAAUUAUGGGCAUUUUCACCUCCCUUUACAUCUGUUGGAGGUUGUCAGAAUAUCAUUUACACUCAUCACAACAAAACUCCAGUAAUUAGAGUGAAUGCUGAAUCUUGCUACAUCCUUCCAAGUUCAACAGUAGCAUAACCCAGUAAACUUUUAAAUGUUUUGGUAAUUAUUUCAGAAUAAUUGGUUUCUUUUGUGAGCCUAUGUGUAUUCUCUGUAUUUUUAAGACACCCGUAGGGUGAUGGCCCCAUUGAGGAACCGAUUCCUGAACCAAAUGAUGUUUAACCUUUCGUGCCUUCAUUUGGCAUGCUUGACAGUGAAAGAAAUUACUAAUAUUAAAAGUUGGUGUGGUGUUCUGUAAUUGGGGUGGAGUUCUAACUUAGAUUGUAAUGUUGGUCUUGUAGGCCAGCUGAGCUGGUGGAGGCGGGAAAGAAAGAAGCCAUUCUUGCCAUUUAGUUUUGAAUACCGCCUUUGGCAUCUGUAUGAGAAGCUUGUUCUUUAAGUGUCAAAUACCUGAUACUUCACCAGGCCUGUCCCGGGCAGCCUCAAGGGGAUGAACCGGGCUUCCAGCCUUUGGACUGGGAUGAGGGGUGUGGAGUGAGGGUGGUGGGAGUGGUGGGGGAUGAGGUGGGCCGAGUGUUCUGCCCUGUCUUGGAUGGGCCUGAGGCAAACAGCGUGGUCUCAUACUGUGUGCCAGUGGCCAGCCGUCUGGGUUAGGCCUGUAGCCUCUGGGUAGGCGGGCAGUGUAAUGGCCUGUUUCACACAGGAGGAAGUAGGCCAGGUGCUGGCUGCGGACUCUGGGACAUGGUGGGUGCUCAGUGUUUGCUGAAUACACAGCCAGCGUCUGCCACUUGCUCAAGCCUUACCUUGUAGCUGCCAAGUGAAAACCAGUCUUGUGACCCUGGUCUAGUUCUCUUCCUGCCAUGUUCUCAGCCUUAAGUUCUCGCUUUAGUCAAAGGUUCCUCCUUCAGAGGGAGUCCCCAAGAUGUUGCUGUGCAUAUGCCCUUGGGCAACAUGUCUGACGCUGCACUGGGUGGGUGGCUGGGGACCAUGGUUUGGAGGGGCAGACGUUGGGGCAGAUGUUGGGCCCUGGCUGAGCCAAGAAGAAAUGCCACCCCCCACAAGUUCCUACAUAGGACAAAGCCACUGAGCCACGCACAUCUGUUCACAGGUGUAAGCUGAGCAUUGCGAGGUGAGGUAGACAAGGGCCCCAAGGCAGGAAGAGCCAGGUUAAGGCCACCGCGGCUGUAGUAAGAUGGGCAGUGCUUGAGGGUGAGUGAGCUGCCGUGGUGGGAACACCAUUCCACUCUGAAGUGCUGUUUGUCGUCUUGUUUGGAGGGAACAUCCUCUCCACAGAAGGAAUGCCCUGUUCUUCCUCCUUCCCCCCAGACCUGGGGCAUUCCACAGAGUGCCAUCUGUGGGCUGGAGUAUCAGUGCUAGCAGGAUGGCAUCGUGCCCCUUGGAGCUUUGACACAGUGCAGGACACAGGCAUUGACCAAAUAGGCAUCCUGGGAGAUAGUUCUGUUGGGCAGGAAAGCAGGUAUGAGCAGGGUGGAGAGAGAAUAAAGGCCCAUAAUGCCCAAUAAAAGGGACUCAGCGAGUAACCAUUUAAAACUAGAGAGCCAGAAAGGACUCACAUCCCCUAACAGUUAUAUCUGUGGGGAGUUUGGACAUGCUGUUUGCUCCCAGCAGGUCCGGAGCCCUGAGCCC